AAUGAUAAUCUCUACUCAUCCUUUACUCCGCAGUUUGAGAUGCUGGAUCACUACGGCAGUGAGCAUUUCUGCCCGAUUACAAUGGUCCGCCUGUUCGGACUGGUGUCCGAUGACCUUGAUGAUGCUGCUGCAGAGGCCGAAGGAGGCGUUGGGCACGUUCCGGACGCGGUCCCGUCAAUAGCACCAGCAGAACCGCGCCAUGACCAAUUAAAAGAGCCGGGCUCAGUUGAGAAACCAACUUCAGAGAAGAAGCCGGAAGUGGAUCUCAAAUCCCCUCAAAAUUCCGUGACUGUUCCACAAGAUACACCUUCGGGGGCUACGACAAUCCUUGAUUCCUCCCCGCCACCUGUUCAACCUAGUAAAGAUGUCCCGGUGACGGAUCCGAAUCCGGCCGCAGCGUCCCCUAAACACCGUGUUGGUGGUGCUCAAAAUUCAGUAAAAUCUCCAGACGUCAAGUAUAGACCUGUAAAACGUCUACCGCCAAAUAAACGUACAGAAGCGCGCAAGAAAUAUCCACGAACAGCCGCCUCCGACGCGUCAGCCACACAGGGACGUACCCACGGCCUCGAACCAGCUCUUGGCUUCCUACAGAAGGCUACCAGUAUGUUGACUGCUCAGAUCCUUUCUUGA